AUGGCUAAUCAUUUUGCAAACAGUGAUCAUAAUAUGGCAGACAACUCAAGUUUUUUGAAGGCAGUUCGAAGCGGAGACACAGAUGCCGUGGUUCGCUUUCUUGAUUCUGGAAAAGUUGAUGUCCACGUCUGCAACAGUAAUGGAUUAAACGCAUUACAUUUGGCUGCUAAGGAUGGCUAUGUUGAUAUUGUCAAUGAAUUGAUAAGAAGAAAAUGUGUGGUGGACUCUAAAUCUAAGAAAGGAAACACAGCUCUGCAUGUGGCUUCAUUGGCUGGUCAGUUGGAAGUUGUCAUGCUGCUUAUCGAUCAUGGUGCUGAUGUUAACAUUCAAUCACAGAACAGUCUGUUGCAAGCUAGGUUGCAUCGUGACAUAUGUUAUGAAGGCCAUAAAACAGAUUUUUUUUUAAAGCACAAGUGCUUCAUAUAA